CUAUUACUCAUUUUGGAAAAUCCUGACUCCGUUUCACGCACGAAUUGUAGAAAAUUCACACGUCACGAAUUCAAAAGGGAAACUCGUGUGCUAAGAUUUUCACGAAAUGAAAGAGAAAUUCACGGGUCACUUGUAUUUCAUGCAGCAAAUCACGCCUAACGCUGAUUCAUAACUUCACGAACGAAUAACGCUCGCCUUAAAGGAAAUUUGACGUUUUUUUUUGGCCUAAACACGCAUCACGUUUGCCAUUAUCAUUUGGCUUGAAAGAUUUAAUGAAUUACUUACACAAUUUUACGAACGAAUAACGCUCGCCUUAAAGGAAAUUUCGUGUGUCGCAUUAAUUUUGGCCCUAAACACGCAUCAUGUUUGUCAUUAUCAUUUGACUUGAAAGAUUUGAUGAAUUACUUCAUACCUUAACGAACGAAUAACGCUCGCCUUUAUUGAAAUUCCACGUGUCGCAUUAAUUUUGGCCUUAAUCAUGCAUCACGUUUGCCAUCACCAUUAGCUUGAAAGAUUUGAUAAAUUACAUUGGCUCUUACGUCGUCAGGAUCUAUGGUUAUUCGAUAUUCGUCUAAAGCAUGAAUACCACUAUGAAACAGGAUUGCUAUUGGUCAGUUGGUUAAAGAAAAUUGGUAAAAAUAGCUUCUUAACAUAAGGCCGAUGAAUGUAGAAAUUCUCGCAACAAAUCAUAAGGCUUGAGUAUAAACUUAAGUGCGGUGAAAUUGUAGUAAUUGUCAGCGGCGAUUCAUGCGUUUAUAAUUUGGCGUUUGUUAUAACUUCCUCACUUAUCGUCGAGUCUGGCUGAAAUCAAGUGGUAUUCAAGACAGUGUGAGAAGACGAAAGCGAUGAAACUUUGUGCGCUCAUCUUUCUGGUUUAUCUCGCAAUUGGUGCUGUUGCUGGCAAGAAAAACAAACUUUGCAGCCAAAUAUUGGACAAGUUGUCAGAUCUUGAGGACCUGAUUAACAAGAAACAGGACUGCUGUGAACCAAAGCCUGUUGCGCCCCCAAGUUCCUGCAAAGAAAUAUACGACAAAGACAGUGCCAGCCCAAACAAAGCGUAUGACCUCAAGCUAGGCGAUGAAGAUGUGUCUGUGUACUGUUCCAUGAGUGGGGAGCUUGGAGACUGCGGUGGUGGGGGAUGGACGCUGGUCAUGAAGACUGACGGUGCAAAGGACACCUUCAAUUUUGAUUCAAAAGCGUGGUCUUCCAUGUCUCCAGUCUCUCCCGAAAAUGGAGACACCGGGUUGGAUGACCUGGAGACCCUGUUACCAACCUACUGGAGCACGUCCUUUUCCAAGAUCUGCCUUGGAAUGAAGGUCGAUGGAGUAACCAGGUUCUUGCCACUGCAUCAGAAAGCAGACUCGUUGUAUGCCCUCAUUGGUGACGGUCAAUACCGUGCUACCUCGCUGGGUCGUGAUGCAUGGAAGAAGCUGAUUGGUCCCAGUGCCUCCCUCCAGCGCAACUGUAAUCGAGAAGGGUUUAAUUCGCGGGGGAGUGGUAGCGUUAAGACUCGAAUUGGAAUCAUCGCUAAUCAAGAAGGAGAUUGUAGAACCCCCGAUUCCUUCAUCGGAUUUGGUGGGGCAGAACUGUCGUUCAAAAACGUGUGUGGAAACAGAGCUGCGUAUUUUCCGGACCACGGAAACAAAAAUACCAAGGCAUUCGGAUACAUUUUCGUUCAGUAAAGACGCUGAACUGCUCUGCUCAAGGAAAAAGUUGCAUGCGACAUGGAGCAAUGAUCAUGCUUUUAUUUCAGUAAUGGGGAUUUAAGACGUCGGGUUUCACUUUUGCUGUUAAAUAAAGUAACAAUAAAAGUGGGUUAAUGAACCAAAA